AUGGUAGAUACGAGUGUUACCCAUAACUUUAUUGUCGAUCGAGAAGCAAAGCAACUUGGCUUGAUCUUGGAGAAGAACCCAAGUCGAAUGAAGGCAGUGAACUCGGAGGCCAAGCGAAUCUCCAGCCAAACGCUCGAGGAGCAUAUCGAGCUCCUUCGGACAAUUUUCAAGAUUCUCAGAGAGAACACUUUGUUCGUGAAAAGGGAGAAGUGUUACUUUGCUCAAAUGGAAAUCUUGUUUUUGGGGCAUCGAAUUGGUGAUGGCUCCAUUUGGAUGGAUCAAUCAAUGGUGCAAGUAGUUGUGGAAUGGCAAACUCCGGUGCUAGAGUUGAGAUCCUUCCUUAGUUUUGUCAACUACUAUCGACGCUUUAUAGCGGAGUAUUCAAAGCAUACAACUCCAUCGACAGAGUUACUGAAGAAGGAGCAGCCUUGGAGGUGGUCUGACAAAUGUGAAGCUGCAUUCCUAGAUCUAAAGGCUGCUGUGUUGGAAGAAUCGAUGCUCAAAUUGCCAGACUAUGGUAAGCCCUUCGAAGUCUAUACAAAUGCUUUAGACUUCGCUAUUAAAAGAGUACCCAUGCAGAAGGGUCAUCCGGUAGCCUACGAGAGCCGCAAACUCAACGAGACCGAGCGACAGUAUCUGGUGCAUGAGAAGGAGAUGACAGCAGUGAUCCACUGUCUAUGA